AUGAGCUGGGCGAACGAGAGUGUCCCCCGGGAGUUCAUCCUCUUAGGGUUUUCAGAUCGGCCAUGGCUGGAGCUGCCUCUCUUUGUGGUAUUCCUGGUCUCCUACAUCUUGACCAUCUUUGGCAACAUGGCAAUCAUUCUUGUAUCACGCCUGGAUUCCAAACUCCAUACCCCCAUGUACUUUUUCCUCACCAACCUCUCGCUUCUCGACCUGUGUUACACCACAAGCACCGUCCCGCAGAUGCUGAUCAACAUACGCAGCACCAGGAAGGUCAUCAGCUACGGCGGCUGCGUGGCCCAGCUGUUCAUCUUCCUGGCCUUGGGUUCCACCGAAUGCCUCCUCCUGGGCGUCAUGUCCUUUGACAGGUUUGUGGCCAUCUGUCGUCCUCUGCAUUACUCAGUCAUCAUGCACCAAAGACUCUGCUUUCAGCUAGCGGCUGCAUCGUGGAUCAGCGGCUUCAGCAACUCAGUAUUGCAGUCCACCUGGACCCUUCACAUGCCACUGUGCGGUCACCGAGAAGUGGACCAUUUCUUCUGCGAAGUCCCCGCGCUGCUCAAGUUGUCCUGUGUGGACACAACGGCCAACGAGGCCGAGCUGUUCUUCAUCAGCGUGCUGUUCCUUUUAAUUCCCGUCACGCUCAUCCUUAUAUCAUAUGCCUUCAUCGUCCAGGCAGUAUUGAGGAUACAGUCAGCCGAAGGUCGACGAAAGGCGUUUGGGACAUGUGGCUCUCACCUGAUUGUGGUGACACUUUUUUAUGGCACUGCUAUCUAUAUGUACCUGCAGCCACCAUCCCCUGCCUCCAAGGACCGGGGGAAGAUGGUGUCCCUGUUCUAUGGUAUCAUCACACCCAUGCUGAACCCCCUUAUCUACACACUCAGGAAUAAAGAGGUGAAGGGAGCCUUUAAGAGGUUGAUGGCAAGGGUUUCCUUGAUCAGAAAACAAGGAAUGUCAAAAUGA